UUUGUUCGUCCUCUGAUGCAAAAGAAGGCGUGAUUUGUUCGUCCUCUGAUGCAAAAGAAGGCGUGGUUUGUUAGACCUCUGGAGCAAAAGAGGGCGUGGUUAGUUUUCAAAGUGGAAUAAGCAGCUGAAAAUGGCGGCGGCGGGGUGCGCCGGGUCUGUCAGCGGACUCGGGCCGCGGGCUAAAGCGAGGCCUGAAGCUGUUCCUACUCACCGUCAUGUGCGCUGUCUGACCCUGGAGGAAGCUCGGUGUCCGGUUUGUUUGGAGAUCCUGCUGGAACCCGUGACUAUGCCGUGUAGACACUCGGUUUGCCUGCAUUGCUUUAAGCGGACGGUGGAGUGUAGCGGGCUGUGCUGCCCGUUGUGCCGGCUUCGUGUGUCCAGCUGGGCCCGAAAUAAACAGUCCCGAGAGAAAAGCCUCGUCAACACCGAGCUGUGGGAACUGGUGCGACAAACUUACCCGGAAAAAUGCGGCCAGAGAUUAGAGCAGAGGGCCCGAGUGAUGGCUUCAGAAGAUGUUUUCUGUUCACCUAUACAGAUAUGUAAGCCUGGAGAUGAUAAACAGAAGAAUAAGGUGAUGAAUCAUGAAGAAACUGAAGAGCGAAUGAAAAAAGUUCCUUGCCGUAAAAAGGGGGACUGUGGACUGCAAAAUUCUCAGAAUACCUCUUUAGGGGUGUUGUCAGACUCUGAGAAUGAAGAACCGAUAAGAAUGAGAACCAGACAUGCAUCAGCAUUUGUGCGCAGAUCAAGGGUUUCCCCAGCUUUAUGCAGAAGUUCUUACAGUUCGUUCAACAUCAAUGUACAAAGGAGCCAAAGUUGUACUGAUUCUGAUGAAGGAGGGAGAAAAGUUGUUCAAUCUCACCUUUCUUUACAAGAAAAAGCUAGUGUCUGUCAUAGUUUUAAUGCUGGAAUACUCCUUUCCUCUGAGAACAGUCGUUCCUUCUCAGCACCGGUUCUUCCCCUUGACAAGCGGCAACACUGGCGUUCCAUUUUGGCUUCUCCCCCCUCUUUAGUGCCUCACACUAAACCUGAGCGGUCUGUUAGCCCAGAGAGCAAUGACAGCAUCUCGGAGGAGCUGAACCACUUCAAGCCCAUAGUUUGUUCACCGUGCACACCACCAAAGAGACUCCCUGAUGGCCGGUUAAUGGAACCCACCAUAGUAAAAUCCACACCCAGGAACCUGACCCAUGGUCUACAGAAAAACACCAGUUAUGAAGCUAGCCCUAGCAUCCUUCAGAAGUGGAAGCAGGUUGAGCUAGAUCGGCAGCGUGUCAAGUUAAUGUCCAAGGGGACCAUAACCAGUCCAGUGGUAGACGAUUACAGCUUUACACGGAGCUCUGAAGAAGACCAAGAGAACAAAUCCUGUAACUGUGGUCCCAUGGAGAAAGACUUGCCUGGACAACAUUGCACUUGUACUGCCAAUGCAGACUUUUCUAGAAAGCAGAGGGAAAAGCCUUUACUGCGAAAUAAGCGGCAGUUGAUUUUUGAUCAGUGUAUCAAAGAUGAUUGCUCACAGUCAACAACUGCACCUACACAGAUCACACAUUGUAAUUCUGAUACUCAUAAGCAAUGUGGUGCAUGUGAGCCACACUGUUCACCUUCAGGGAGAAUGGAAAACUUGAAUUCACCCAUUCUGGACAAACGUAUUGGAGUAAGUCAUAAUCAUGGUAAAGUUGACCUUCAGGACUUAAGGAAUGAGCCCACUGUAAGAAAUUGUGUACAUAAGAGACCUACCUCAAGAAGGGGCAAGAAGAGGAGCCAGAAGACCAAACAUUUGGAAGAGACUAAGAGGAUAAACUUUCCAAGAUAGAAAGCUGUGAUAGCUGUGAAAUACAGUAUAGACAAAAUGAUUUACAUGUUGAACGGAUCCAUCAGGAAAGAAUGGACAGAGAACUGGCACUAAAGCUACAAAGACAGUUUGACAAAGAAGGCCAGGAGCUCGAAAGACAUAGGACGAGUUCUGAUAAAUAUCCUCUACGUUCGUGGAUUUGUGUAGAUAGUAGAGUAGCUCGUAAUCCACGCAGGUCAGGAAGGAUUUCCAGAAGGAUAAAACAUUUUAAUUAAAGUUUUAUUUCAAUUUA